AUGAGAUUCAAAAGUUCUAAAACUGUCGAAAGAGAGCUAAAAGCACUGGUAAAUUCUGUAGAAAAUGCUAAUCGUUGUGGUGAAUGUGGAUCCACGUAUCCUACUUGGUGUUCUGUUAAUUUAGGGGUGUUCCUUUGUGGCAGAUGUGCCUCAGUACAUAGAAAAGUUCUACAAGGGCAGAAUGGUUCUCCAGAAUCGUAUGUUAAGUCCUUAACCCUUGAUCGAUGGACUGCAGAUGAUUUGGAAGAGAUUUCCAAUAGUGGAGGUAACAGGCGCAAUCACACGGUAUGGAAUCCCAGAAAUCAAGGAUUCCCUUUUAAUGGUGAUGAGGAUAAAUCUGAAGUAGAGCGGUUUAUCAGGGACAAAUAUGUUAAUUGUAGUUUUAGGAAUUCUCCAAUGAGAAUGGGAGACAAUGGAUACAGACCCAGUUCUGCUGUUUCUCAAAGAAGUUAUGCUACUGAAACUUCAGGCUAUGGUUCAAACAAUAGUUCAUACACAAGGCCAUCCGAAGAUCGUUUGAGCGCUGGAAGUUCGGGGCCAUCUGGUUCAGGUGGUGUUCCUAAGUUGACCCGUCGAGUCAUAACGGAUAGUGAGUACGCGAGAUAUUCGAAGGAGAUGUCGACAAUACAAGAGCUCGGCUACACAGGCAAGGAUAUAAUUGUAGAAUCGCUUGUUCUUGCAAAAGGGGAUAUCAAUUUAGCCUUGGACAUUUUGGAGAAAGACGCUAAAGAGCGUCCCCGCUCUCCCCCUGCAGCUUCUCAACCAUCUAGACGUCAAAAGUCACCUUCACCUAGCCCUGCUGUUUUUGAUGGUUUCACUGGUGCUGCACCAAUCACAGCCCAGGUAACGCAACCCAUUAGCGUUUACGAUGGCGGUGUGCAACAGUAUGUCAACCCGGUUACCGGUCAAGUAUUCGUAGACCAGUCUCAGUACAUGAUGGCACUUCAAUUGCAACAGCAGCAAGCCCUCCAACAGCAGCAAGCCCUCCAACAACAACAAGCCCUUCAACAGCAGCAAGCCCUUCAACAGCAGCAAGCCCUGCAACAACAGCAAAUACUCCAACAGCAAGUGCUCCAGCAACCCAGUGGGAUUGAUAAGAACGCGAUAAUGUCGCUGUACAAUACCCCAGACAAUCAACAGUAUCAAUAUCUUCAAAUGCAACAGCAGCAACAACUGCAACAACAGCAACUGCAGCAACAACAACUACAACAACAGCAACUGCAGCAGCAAGAACAGCAGCAACAGCAGCAGCUCAUGCAGAUGCAAAUGCAAAAUAUGCAGUUUCAGCAGCACGAUCCUAAUUACCCUCAAGGAAGUGCAUAUACAGCUCCCGGUUAUCACUAUCCUAUGUAA